CGUCUGCCUGUAUAUAAUGGUCGCACCGCGCCAUUGUCUCGGAAACCCUAGAUUACGAAAAAGGUAGCGCGAAGGUCGCGAGGAAUCGGGCGGCGAUGACUUUCAAGCGCAGGAAUGGCGGCCGCAACAAGCACGGCCGCGGCCACGUCAACUUCAUCCGCUGCUCCAACUGCGGCAAGUGCUGCCCCAAGGACAAGGCUAUCAAGAGGUUCCUUGUCAGGAACAUUGUUGAGCAGGCUGCUGUGAGGGAUGUCCAGGAGGCUUGUGUCUAUGAUGGGUACACUCUCCCGAAGCUGUAUGCGAAGAUGCAAUACUGCGUCUCCUGUGCGAUUCACUCGCAUGUGGUCAGGGUCAGGUCUCGCGAGGCCAGGAGGAACCGUGAGCCACCACAGCGUUUCAGACGCCGGGAUGACAUGGCAAGGCCUGGCCAAGGACCUCGCCCGGUUGGAGCUGGAAAUCCCGGUCGUCCUUGAAGGCUUAUUAGCCGUUUGAGCUGAAAAGAGUAUGGUUUUUUGAUUGGGAUGUUAAGCAUUGAAUAUUAUCCCGACUAUAAACGACCAGUUAGGCAGGUCGAGUACUGUUUACCAUUUCUAGAUUUGUUUAAGUUUUGGAGACCCCUGUGGACUACUAUGAAGAGUUUUCGAACCAUUUUCUGUGGUUUUUGCUUUUAUGCUUCCAUGCAUGUUUGUUUGGUGAGUUAUUUUAUCAGAAAUUUGGCACUCAUAUGAUAAUGCUCAAAGCAGUGUUAUUACUGGAAUACAAAUCUCAAAUGAAAAGUGAAGGUUGUGUAAUUUGUUUA